UUGUAAUAUAAGUGUAGUUUUUCCAGAAAAAAUAAAAACGCUUGAUUAUUAUCAAAUAAUCUACAAAUACAAGUAUAUUAAAAAUAAGAUAAGAUUAAUUUCGCAGAUGCGAUCCUUUAUCGUGACUGGAUCCCUUUUACUGGGACUAUUAACAGCUGUUCACCCAUCUCUUGCUGCUACAUGUACAAUCAGUACAUACAAUGUGAACGAUAUUAAAGAUGCAGAAAAAGACUGCAAAGAGAUAACCUUGAAUGGAAUAAGCGUUCCGGCUGGCGAAACUUUAAAUUUGAAUUUGAAUCAGGGCACCAAACUCACUUUCCAAGGUACGCUAACAUGGGGAUUUUACGAAUGGGAUGGUCCGUUACUUAACAUCAGCGGGACAGAUGUUGAAAUCAGCGGCGCUAUGGACCACGUGCUAGACGUAAGGGGAAACUUAUGGUGGGAUGGUAAAGGAGGCAAUGGGGGUAAAAUAAAACCGAUAUUUUUCGUAGCGCACGGACUGAGAAACUCAGUAAUUCGUAAUAUAACUGUCAAAAAUCCCUCCAACCAUGCUAUUUGGAUAGAAAAUAGCGACGGAGUAAUAGCACGUGACAUAUAUGUAGACAGCAGAGCUGGAGACACGUUAGGAGGUCACAAUACAGACGGUAUUAACGUUUGGACAUCCAAUAAUGUUACCAUUCUUCGUCUUACUGUUUACAAUCAAGAUGAUUGUGUUGCCAUCAAAUCCGGUACUAACAUUGUAAUUAAGGACAGCUAUUGUUCUGGUGGACAUGGUCUGUCAAUUGGAUCUGUGGGUGGCAGAGAUUAUAAUAUUGUUGAAAAUGUGCUGAUAACAAAUUCUCAGAUUUUAAACUCGGACAAUGGAGUUAGGAUAAAAACAGUGUACGGAGCUACCGGGUCAGUUACAAAUGUCACUUACGAAGAUAUAACUUUAAAAGAAAUAAACAAUUAUGGUAUUAUCAUUCAUGGUGAUUAUGGUAGUCACGCCGGCGUUCCUACCGGCGGUGUUCCAAUUAAAGAAUUUACAUUGAAAAAUGUUACAGGCAAUGUCAAAGAAUCUGGUGUUAAUAUUUAUGUGUUCGUAAAGAAUGCCACCGACUGGAACUGGACGGAAGUUGAGGUUACCGGCGGAAAAAAAAUUAAGGAAUGUGAUGGUAUUCCAGAAGACAGUGGCAUUACUUGUUAUUAACUCAAAGCUCUUUGUCAUAUUUUAGCAGUUCUUGCAUUUUGCAGUAUAAUAAAAUUUAAUUACUAUUUAUCUUAA